AUGGCUAUCAUGAGCUCUAACGUGAAGGAAGAACAGCACGAUAAUAUAAUGCCGCCUACAAACAAAUCUCUUAUAUUCAGCGAAAGAAUCUCCGAAGCGGACCUGGAAGACAUGCCCAACACUCUGUUGCGCCUCACGCAACGCCUGCAGGCACCGUUCCGUCGAGGAGGCAGUGACAGCGGAAACACACAGUCGAAAGAUGCGGCCCCUGAGACUGCAGCCAAGGCGGAUAAGGGAAAGGGUAGAGCGGUCGAGCCAGAUGAGCCCGUCCAGCCAGUGCAAGGCGUUGUAGUGCCUGAGCUCGCACACCUGGUUCAUGCCACUGGAAUACAGCCACUGAGUCCAAAGCCCAGGCGCCCAAGGAAGAAGAACCCUCUCGCGUUGACGCUGCUACCAACCACCCCCGACACCCACCUCCCGAACGGUGUCUUAGGCGUCGGCGAUGGCAACAUAUCAAAGGGCAAAGCCACCAAACCGCGCGACAUAUCCUUAGGCGACGGCAUCGCAGGUCCAUCGACCCAACCGCCAACCACCGACCCAAACCUCUGGCCACCGACGCAUGACUCAACCGUCGACGACGUCGUCUACAACACCGCGAACGGCGGCUACGACGCCCACCCCCACUCACACAAACACAAACAAGACCACCAAGAGGAAGAAGACUCAGACUCUGCCUACACCCUCCUCCCCCCCUCCUCCCCCUCGACCCCCCAAUCCCCCACCACCCGCCUGCACCACGCGCAAUCCACCCUACGCACGGCCAACGCCCUCAUCCGCGCCCUCCACGCCUCCGUCGACGCCGAGCGCGAAGCGAAGGAAGACGCCCAGCGCGCCCUCGACCGCCUCCACCCCUCCCACACCGCACACCUGCCCGCCGUGCUCGAGGCGCAGGCCUCAAAGCUCGCCGUGCAGGCCGCCGAGAUCGCGGACCUGAAGGCGACGCUGGACUACGGGAACAAGCUGCUGUCGGGCAGCUACCGGCGGCAGUGGGAGAUGUGGCGGUGGGUGGACGGGCUGGUGGGCGCGGAGGUGCGGGAGGAGCAGAAGAAGCGGUUUGGUGGCCUGGGACGGUUUGCGCCAAGCAAAAAGCGGGGGAUGGUGGGGGAGGAUGGGAAGAUGCCGGCGGGGUGGCGGUGGGAGAGUUUUGGGAAGGGGGAGGAUCCGCCGGUGGUGCCGGUGCAUGAGGAUUCGUUGAGUGGGGCGGAGCGGGAGGCGAGGAUGCGGGAGGUGCUGGAGAGGGUAAGGAGCAGGGAGUUAGGGGAUAUGGGGAAGGUGCUGGAGAUGGGGGAGGGGAGUGUGGCGUUUUUGCCGUAUGAGGAGGGCGAGUUUGGGGGCCCGAAGGUGCCGCGGACAGAGCUGGAGAGGAUUGAGAGUAUGUGUGCGGAGAAUGUGAAGACGAUGAAGUUGGGGGUGGUGCGGAUGGUGAGGUUGGUGGAGAGGAUUAAGGGGAGGGCGACGGGGAUUCUGGAGCCGGAGGAGGAGGUGCUGUGAUGGAUUUGUGGAGUGCUGAGAGAUGUGGAUGUUCGAUAUGCUGUGGAGUUGGUGUUUGAGCUGUGGAUUUAGGUUUCCAUUUAGGGACGUGUCUAGGACUGGGUCUUUGCUACAUCAUACAUAUUUUGACAUUGGGGUCUGGAGCUUCACAAAACCUUGGUCUCUCUGGGUAAUUCUUGAUCUAUAAAAUGGUUACGAGGGAAUAGACUCACCAGC